AUGCUAGAUAGUUUCCGGGUGAAACUUGGCUGCGAGGCACCCAACUCCAAAGUGAUGAAGGUGCCUGAUGGCCUUCCAUGGAGCAAUCUCAGUAACAUGACUAAUGUGCCACCCGGUGCCAUGAUCGGAAAUGGAGAUGAGUGCCACCUUCUGGAUUUUGAGUCAUCAGACCGCCCUCUGGUGGUCAACUUUGGCUCAGCCACCUGACCCCCCUUCAUCAGCCACCUGCCAGCUUUCCGGCAGUUGGUCGAGGACUUCAGUGAUGUAGCUGAUUUCCUGUUAGUGUACAUUGAUGAGGCUCACCCGUCUGAUGGCUGGGUGGCCCCUCCUAUGGGUUCUUGCUCUUUCAAUGUCCGGAAACACCAGAACCUGGAGGAGAGGUUGGGAGCGGCUCGUAAACUGAUUGAGCACUUUUCCCUGCCACCACAGUGUCAGCUGGUAGCAGACUGCAUGGACAACAAUGCUAAUGUGGCUUACGGUGUGUCCAAUGAACGAGUCUGUAUAGUACAACAGAGAAAGAUUGCCUACCUUGGCGGUAAGGGGCCUUUUUUUUACAAUCUGAAGGAUGUGCAGCACUGGCUGGAACAGAGCUACGGUAAACGGUAGGAGUAAUCAAGGACAAGUACAGAGGAGGACAUGUCCCAUAUUUCAAAUAAUUAGGAGAGGCAAUGAGAGAUAAUUCGGUUUUGUAUAAGCAUAAAAGUCCAAAUUAAAAGGUCUAUUAUUGUGAUAUCAUCUCCAAAAAAGUUGUAAUGAAUUAAGUUUCAGAAUUGUGGAGUGACUUCUUUUGCUUUUGAAAUGAUGCAAACUUUUCACACAGCAGUCCGAACUGGGAUGAACUUAUAGACCUGAAAACUCAAAUGAACUGGGCAGCAAGAGGACUGGAGGCAACAUAUGAAGUUGACAGUGCAUGUGCUUCAUCUGUUUUUAUGCCUAAAACCAUGUAAAAUCAAAAAGAUAUAGAGAAGAAACAAGUUACCAGUUUUUAUUAAUACAGUUUUAAUUAUUUAGUAAAAUAAAUGUCACUGUGGUUAUGCUUUUAUGCCCUUUGGAUAAAUGUUUAUUCAUAUAUACAUACUGACCAUUGUUCUCCAUCUAACAGCUCUAUUAAUCCUUUACUUUAUAAACUGUAUAUAUACUCUAUAGUGUCUUCACCUCCUUGUAAGUGUUUGUGUUUACACUAUUGAAUCACAGUAGAUUGAAUGUGGUCAACAAAAAAAGACCAAUUUUAAAUUGAAAAGACAUCCUUCCAAUGUGAUCUAAGUAGCAGGUAUUCAUCCCCUCCAAGUCAGUAAUUAGUAAAUGCCUCUUUGGAGCAGUUACAGUCUUGAGUCAGUGUGGACAGGUCUUGGUAGGUUAUGCUUUGCACAUCUGGACACUUCAGUUUUGCUCAUGCUGUCAGGUUGUAUGGAGAUUACGAGUAUGGAGAUGUCUGACUCAGCCACCACAGGACAUAAAUAUCGUUGUGUUUAAGCUAUUCCUGUGUUGCUUUGGCUUCAUUGUCUUGCUGGAAAACAAAUCUUCUCUCAAGUGUCUGGUUUCUAGCAGACUGCAUACGGGUUGCUACCAGGAUUCUUCUGUGGUGUAUUUCACUUUUUACCCUCGCUAGCCUGCUGCAGAGUAGCAACCCCUACAUGAGGCUGCCAGUGCUUCACAGUGGGAGUGGUAUCUUUAUGAUGAUGUGCAGUGUUUGGUUACACCAGAGUGUUUAGUCCAAUGGACAAAAAGCUCAGUCUUGGUCUCAUCAGACUGUAGAACCUUGAUCUUUCACGUGCAUUCUGGCAAACUGUAGACCAGAUGUGAGUUUUUUUAAGCGUAGCUUUCUCUUUGCCACUCUCCCAUAAAGCUGCAAAGCCAGCCGACAUCGCCCACAACUCUUUUUGCACAUUUACUAAAAGGACUAUAAUGCAAGAAAUGCAUCAACUCUACUUAAAUUAUAAUGUUCUGUCAUUGGUUAUUUUAAAUGUGCCCUGGUCAGUGUGGCUGACUUUAUCCUCUCAAGAAUGUGUGUAACAUGAUCGAUCUGGACAUGCAGGGUGUUUUUUUAUAUAGGCUGCUUUCAUGUGUUUUGUGUGCAUGCAUAAUUAUUGUCCAUGGAUUUGGUGUCAGAUCAGUGAUUCUCAACAAGAAGUGCAGCGUUGCCUACUGGACUUCACCUCCACAUACAGUUCAGCCUCUCUCAUCAUUUCCACCAAGUUAAGCUUCUUUUCCAUCAGCAUGCAGAGAAGACUUUCCUUUUUCCUACAUGUCAGCCUUCCAUCGCAAUAUUAAAUGUGUGUCGAAACAGG